AUGCCAGUUGCCAAAGAAGCAGUCCCCAAGUCUACGCUGGCAUGCGAUUACUGUCGGCUGAAGAAGGACAAGCACCGUGUCGAAAUUGUGAGGAAGAUCCAAAGGAAGCCACGAGAAGCGAAAGAAGUCCAACGGCUUCUCCAGGAUCGACUCGAGAAGGCGGAAGACCUUUUACGCCAGGCUGGCAUCGUUGUGCCUGUAACGCAACCCUCCUCGUCUUCCUCAACGGAGGCUCAGAGUGGCAGUACUUGGACGGCAAAUGUGUCCUCGGAGCCUCAAAGCCUGGAUGCAGAGUAUGAGCGCACACAAUUGCUGGGCAGCGGUACAUGUAUAGGCACUGAUCGACCGUCUGGCAUGGGAUCCAUAUCGACUCAGACCCAGACCCAGACCCGGAAUCAAUUCGCUAGCAAUCUUGCAUCGCCUUUCCAGCACUCACAGAUACCAUUUGGUAACUCAACUUCAGACGACAGAGACGCGAGAGAUGCAACGCUGACUCCACAUGGUCAUAUCGCUGUUGCUUCGAGCUAUACAAACACAUAUCAACCUUCAGCCACCCCGCCCGAUACGCGGAAGGCGAAUCCGACCCUCCGUCCCCUCGAAUUCCAAGAGACGCCCAGUAGCACAGAGGCACUUCAAGUUCAUGAUGCCACAACGUCAGUACACGACGGAAACGAGCCAGCGAGCCCAGUGGAAGAACUUCACGGACCUGGAUCCUAUCUGUCGAUAUGCAGCAAUCCUGCGGCAGAAUGGGUGUCCAAGCAGAUUGGCGUCUCGGGUUUCACAGACAGUGCCGCAUCGCUCACGAGUACGGUAUAUCGCGACUUGAAGAUGCAAACGUCCAUGCAACGUGGGAGAGUGCCGGAACCAGACCUCGCAUGUGCCAGAGAUUAUGCCGCAGCAUAUUUCGACCAUGCCUUCGAAUCGGCCUUUGAUAUCGUUGAUCGAGCGUCUUUCGAAGCGCGCCUAAACGCUCAUGUUCUGGGUUCUGCGUCUGGGGACGAUCCAGCAUGGUACGCCCUGCGCAAUGUCGUCUAUGCAUUUGGCUGCAGAGCGUCCACCUAUAGAGAGACAGUGCCAGAGUCAUGGGCGGAGGCGCAAAGGAAAUCCUGGCAGUACUUUGAAAAUGCUCUCUCAGUUCACACCGAGCUGGUUUACUUUCGAUCGAAUCUUUCCGCGGUGCAAGCGCUCUUAGCCAUGUCCCUCUUUGUUGAAGGAAUGGGCAAUCCGAAAUUGGAAUAUAUGCUCAUCAGUACCACGGUACGUCUGGCUCAGUCCAAGGGACUCCAUCUACAGCCGCCCGCGACGACCAAACUCUCAGCGGCUGAGAUAGCCCUUCGAAGCCGGCUGUUCUGGACCAUGUACUUCUAUGAGAAACAUAUUGCAUACCGAGCUUGCCGCCCAUCAAUGAUCAACGACGAUCACAUUGACUGCCACUUUCCUGAACCCGUUGACGGACAGGCUUCGAUCAAAACAGAAUUCUUCCACCAUGUUAUCCGCCAUGCACAAAUCUCAUCUUCCAUCAUUGAUCAACUGACCGCGGCAAAAGCUCGUCGACGGAAACCCAGCAAAACAAUCGAGACCGUCAACGAAAUUCACCAAAGACUCAAGUCCUGGUACGACACAGUGCCAGCGACUUUACGAUUCCGACGCUCACAGCCAGUCCUGGCUUCUCCAGACCUACAGAUGAGUCACAUCACUUAUCUACACCUGGCAUACCACGGAAGUUUGGCAGCAAUACAUUCAGUGUUCGCCUACCCCUGGGAAUUGACACGGCUGGAGGCUGGCUCAGAUGUCGACCUGAAUCCACAGAUCGACGCAAGCACACAAAUCCUUGCCGAAGCCGCCCGAAACAUCAUACUGACCACGAAAUAUCUGCAUCUUUCCGCGGCAGCUCCAGCGUGGGAACUCUUCUUGUAUCCUAUUGUAGGCAUGAUCAAUCUGUUCGUCUACAUUCUCAAAUAUCCCACUCGGUCCUCUAUCCCUUCCGAUCUGGGUCUACUGCAAAUGGCUGCCGGGUACUUUGGAUACUUAGACUACGCUACGACAUCGACCAAGCGCUUUCCCUUCACAAAGGACAUUGUAAAACUUGCUCAGAAUGCUACGGAAAAAGCGCAGGGUUCACACAGAGGCGGCAGUGAAGUCCUACCUGCAUUGACAGCCGGACUCGAAACCAACGGCAACGACGGGAUGGAUCUAUGUUCAUGGGACGAGGAAUUCGGAGAUUUUGAUGUCAACGAAAUAGGCCUGGAAAAUUUAGUCUGCUUCCUGCCCUCCCUGACUCAAGUCUCGUCAAUGGCAAUGGACACUUUGCCGGAUGGCUCGAUCGACUUUUCCAUCAGCAAGUAG